AUGAUCUCGUCCCCUAAGAAUGCAGGCGAUAUCACCGUAAUGUCAGGCAAAUGUGUUCCGCCUGCCGAUGGGGUGGUUGGAAACAAUCACAUCUCCGGGCUUGAGUUUGCCCUUCCAGAGAUUCGCUUGGAAACCAAUGCAUGUAGACAUGGAUCCGAGAUGCACAGGAACAUGGGGGGCGUUUGCCACAAGAUUUCCCUCGGCAUCGAACAAAGCGCACGAAAAGUCCAAUCUUUCCUUGACAUUGACCGACACAGACGUUUUUUGCAAGGAAGCACCCAUCUGCUCGGCAAUGUCCAUGAACCUGUGGCCGAAGAUGGAAAGCAACACGGGAUCAACCGACUCUGUUGGGAUAUUCUUCUGGUCCGCAAGGCUCUUCUUCUUGGACGAAUCUAUGGUGACCACCAUGUGACUCUUCAAGAUAAGAGCGUUUGCGGCAGGCGGAAUCAAGUUUGUCUGAGUUCCGUCAGCAACAAUAGCAGGUCCAUGCACUAA